UCAAGAACAGCCUUUAGCACCGUACCCCGUCAUGCCUUAUUGCUUAUUCAGAGCAGUCAAAUUAGUUCAAUCAUCCACUGAUAGAAAAUUAUCUGGGCAGUUUAAUAAGGGCAAAUUAUCUUUUCUCUUGCGACAUAAUCAAAUUAGUUUAAGUCAUGUCUUAGAUCGCAAUAAUUAUUAUUUUGACGUAACCCACAUUUUGCGUUACAAGUUACGAUAUUCCUUCUUAAUUGGCUCGGUAAAAUUAUGGGAUAAUUGUUUAUUGUAUAAAUGUGGCAACUCCUCUCUUCCCGUGGAAAAAAAUAUGUUUCUUUUUAGUCAUUUUGUGCUGGUUUUGUACGGUCAAUGGGAUACAAAUGGUGUGGUCCUGGCAACCCUGCCCACAUCGGUGAACAGCGUAGUGGUGUGGAACCAACGUCUAUCGAAGGAGUGUCGGAUAAAAUAACUACACACGAAAAUAACACAACUACUAUACCUCAGUUUCGGUGGUAAACCAUUUUAAGUGCUUUCCUUCUGGGAAUACCUGCUCUCACACAGAAUGGACACAUGUAGGCAGCAUUGUUUCCCAAGUGAUCAUUAGUCCCAAGCCAGUCAGGAGGUAAGGCCCAGAGAGGUGCCCCAGUCAGGAGGUAAGGCCCAGAGAGGUGCCCCAGUCAGGAGGUAAGGCCCAGAGAGGUGCCCCAGUCAGGAGGUAAGGCCCAGAGAGGUGCCCCAGUCAGGAGGUAAGGCCCAGAGAGGUGCCCCAGUCAGGAGGUAAGGCCCAGAGAGGUGCCCCAGUCAGGAGGUAAGGCCCAGAGAGGUGCCCCAGUCAGGAGGUAAGGCCCAGAGAGGUGCCCCAGUCAGGAGGUAAGGCCCAGAGAGGUGCCCCAGUCAGGAGGUAAGGCCCAGAGAGGUGCCCCAGUCAGGAGGUAAGGCCUAGAGAGGUGUCCCAGCCCCAGUCAGGAGUAAGGCCCGGAGAGGUGUCUUUCCCCUUAGUCAGUCAGUAUGGCCCAGGCGGAGGCCCAGCCCAGUGGGGAUAACAGCCCCCAGCUCAUCUCCCUCCAGUCGGAGAGGUCAGAGGCAUCAGGGAACCACGCAGAGGUGGGCUCCGCCAACCGGAGGAAGAGGAGGAGGAAGGAGCCCAGACCUGAGUCCAUCAUUGUGUAUCGCUCAGACAAUGAGCGGGGGCCUGGGGAGGAGCAGGUGGGAGAGGAGGGAGGUGCUGAGAGGAGCACUGAAGAGGGGGCCAAGUUCCUCAACACACCCACCGGCGAAGGAGGCUGGAGUGACAGGAGCAUGCCCCCAGACAGCCGUUAUGUGACCUUGACCGGCACCAUCACCAGGGGGAAGAAGAAGGGUCAGGUGGUAGACAUCCACGUUACUCUAACAGAGAGAGAACUCCGGGACAUGGCCCUCUCUAAAGAACGUCUGGACGCUGAGUGUGAGAGGGGGCAGGGCUCCAAGUGUUCCUGUGGCUUGGGGUUCUUUCAGGGCCCCCAUGUGAUCCUCUGGAGCCUAUUGUGUGCUCCUCUGGUGUUCCUUAUCGCCUUCAUCACGUCAUUUUACUAUGGAACGCUCACCUGGUACAACGUGUUCCUGGUCUACAACGAGGAGAGAACAUUCUGGCACAAGAUUACCAUCUGCCCCUUCCUCAUCAUCUUCUACCCCAUGCUGAUCAUGCCCAUGGCCCUGUCCCUGGCUCUGUACUCCACCCUGGCGCAGGUCUCCUGGGUCUUUAGUGAGUGGUGGCUGUCUGUCCGCGACCUGGAGAAGGGGUUCUGUGGCUGGGCCUGUGGGAAGCUGGGGCUGGAGGACUGUUCUCCAUAUAGUAUUGUGGAGCUGCUGGACUCUGACAACUUCUCAGGGAGCAUGCAAGGGAAUAACAAGGCCCCCGGCGAGGAUGCUCAGACGUCCUCUGUGUGAGACUGGGUUGUAUUCACUAGGAAGCAAACGGGUCGAAACAGGUUAGAACUACCUGAACUUAUCCGUUAAUAAGAAACACUUUUUGCAUUGGUGUACCCACUAAUGAAUAUAACCCUGGACUGGCAUCAUGGACACAAACACACAAAUUGGCAUAGUUGUCAUACUUUCACAUUUUUCGAUACCAUCAAAAAAGCCGGUUAUUGUUUUAACUUACACUUCCUACUAAUUUAUCUAACCUCGCAUUCUUACUGGUUGUUAUUGAAGUGAACUCUGUGUUUACUGGGCCAAUCACCAUGUUGUUGUGUUUAAAAUGGUCUUAUUUAUUUGAAUAUUUCAACCACUAGCUAGUUUAGUUGUAAGUGUUGUCAAUGGAUGUUUUGUAUCAUAGGACGGGCUAUUAAAAUGUGUUUAAAUGAAAUAUACUGCAACAUGAGGGUCGCUACAAUACUGCCUAAAGUUUACUGUAUACGUCACGGAGGAUCAAACACAAGACCUAUCUAUCAAACAUAUUGAUAGAUUUCUGUUGAAAAACUGUUGCACUGAAAUCCUCAAUAGGACAGGCAGGAAGUUAACUUUUAUAUCUAAUGUACUGUACCCGCAUGAAGUAAUACUUGACCUUUCUCUCUUUCGGGUUGAAGAGACAUUUUAAACUGUGGCAGGAACUCUGGGGCGUUGAUUCAACAGACAAGAAUGUAGAAUUAAGAUUUGAAGGAUUUAAAAGGAUUUUAGUCAGUACCUCUGUUCUCUAUAUAAAGGUUCACCUGUGUGUGUUGUUCACUCACUCUUCACAUCAUGUUUGUUGCUCACCAUGAGAUAAAAUGUAUGGAAAUAAAACCUGAAUCAUUUUCACAGUU